AUGUUUGCAUCCUUGUUGAUCCCACAAAUGAAUGUGGAAGUUCUUCAUAUAGACAUGGUUACAACAAAAACAGUUCCACAGGAGAAAAUAACGGAAUGCGAUGAUAUUCCAUCACCUACGCCAUCUCCACAAUCAUCUUAUGAAGAAACAUAUUCAACUAUGCAUUCCUUCAGUGAAAUGAGUUCAAGUACACCUGAAGCUUCAUGUGAAGAGUCACAUUCAAUUAUGCAUCCCUUUAGCCAAACGAGCUCAUUUACACCUGAUGUUUCAUCUGAGGAAUCACAUUCAAUUAUGCAUUCCUUUAGUGAAACGAGCUCAAGUACAGUUGAAAAUUCAUUUGAAGAAUCACAUUCAACUAUGCAUUCCUUCAGUGAAACAAGUUCAAGUACAGUUGAAAAUUCAUUUGAAGAAUCACAUUCAACUAUGCAUUCCUUCAGUGAAACAAGUUCAAGUACAAUUGAUGUUUCAUCUGAGGAAUCACAUUCUACUAUGCAAUCCUUUAGCCAAACGAGUUCAAGUACAAUAGAUGUUUCAUUUAAGGAAUCACAUUCGACAUUGUCUUCAAUUGGAGAAAUUGGCUCGAGCAAAUUAUACUCGAAUGAAUCUAAUGAAUAUAGUUGUACAUUUGUUCAAACAAUAAGUGAUAUAGAAAGUUAUUACUUUUCUCCAAUCUUAUCAACAACAGAAUCUUCUGCUUUACAAGAUUCGGCUAAUUCUGACAAUUUAAAAAAGAAGAAGAAAUACCUUUAUGCGAUUAUUUUUAUUGCAUGCGGCCUUGUUGCAUUAGCUGUAUUAAUGACUGCAGUAAUUAUCGCAAAUGAAGUAAAAAAGCAUGCAGAAAAACUUGCUCAUGAUCCAAAGAACGAAGCAUUCAUUGUGGAAACAGAUGACACACAUGAAAAUACAAAUGAUGAUUCAUUGAGUGUUUAA